AUGGGAAUCUACAAAACCCACCUGUUUGGAUCUUCGACAAUCAUAUCAUGCUCCCCAACCUUCAACAAAUUUAUUUACCAAACAGAAGCCAAGUACUUCACCACUGAAUGGCCUACCAUGGAUAUUGUAGGCCGCAAUUCUAUUCUGGCUGCGCAAGGGACAUCACAUACUAGGCUCAAAAGCUUUAUCACAAGAGCUAUUGAUCAGCCUGAUGCUCUGCGUCGCAUUGCCAUCAAGGUCCAACCCCGAGUGGCUUCUGCCCUCCGAUCUUGGGCCGAGAAGGGUACUGUUGUUGCUUACAAUGAAGUCAAGAAGGUAACCUUUGAAAACAUCGGCAAACUUUUUGCCAACUUGGAGCCUAGUCCGGUUCUGGAUACACUUGACGAGAUGUUUGAUGGGAUGCUUAUGGGAAUUAGAAGUUAUCCAAUCAAUUUUCCGGGUACUCCUUUUCACCAUGGUAUCCAGUGUCGAAAUAAAGCCAUCGGGAUUUUUAGGGAAGAGUUGGAAAGGAGAAAGAUGUACCAGAACAGUGACAACACUACGAAGGAUGUAAUGGAUGGGCUGAUGCCGUUGAAGGAUGAUGAAGGAAAACAAUUAGAUGACAUUGAGGUUAUCGAUAACAUUCUCGGUCUUCUUGUUGCUGGUUAUGAAACCACUUCCAUUUCAAUCACUUGGACUCUUUACUAUCUUGCUAAAUACCCCCAUGUACUCCAAAAGCUUCGGGAGGAGCAUAUGCCUUUGAGGAAGGAAAAGGAUGGUGAGUUCAUCACAAGUGAUGAGAUCACAAAAUUGAGAUAUAUGUACCAGGAACCUGCAAAGCCCGGAACAUUCCAAGUAUUUGGUGGGGGAUCAAGAAUUUAUGCUGGAAACAUGCUUGCUGGCUUACAAAUCGCCAUUUUUGUUCAUCGUUUGGCUGCAGGAUGCAAGUGGGAAUUGGUCAACCCUAAUGCAGAGGUCACUUAUCUUCCUCAUCCAAAACCAGUCGAUGGUGUUGAGAUUGCUAUUAGCAAACUCGGAUUGUUGCUUUGA